ACACAUGUUUGUAUAGUAAAAUUUAGAUGCGAUCCUACAAUUUUACUAUUAUGUGAAUCUUUUCCCAAAUGCACCGCUAUGUGCAGAUUAGAAACCAAGAUGGCGGACGAAGAAGUCGAGAAAACGUACCGGUGGGAGGGAGAUUAUGAGAAAACUUGGGAGGUACUGCAGGAGGAUGCGGCAGGUUCACUCCAGGCCAGUGUGGAUGACAUCAUCCAUAGGGCCAAGAGGAGGAGACUGCAGGAUAGACAGCUCAAUGUUCGACUGGGGAUGAUGAGACACCUGUUUGUGGUUGUGGACAUGUCACAGUCUAUGGAAGACCAAGACCUCAAACCAACAAGAAUCCUGGUUACCCUUAAGUUACUGGAGAAUUUCAUAGAGGAAUAUUUCGACCAGAAUCCCAUUAGUCAGUUAGGCAUCAUCACGACUAAGAACAAGAGGGCAGAGAAGCUGACAGACCUGGGAGGGAACCCCAAACGUCACAUCACCCAGCUGAAGACACUAGCCAACACCUCGUGUGUCGGGGAACCCUCCAUCAUGAACUCACUGGACCUAGCAGCACAGACACUCAAACACAUGCCGACCCACACCAGUAGGGAGGUGCUGAUCAUCAUGGGCAGUCUCACCACAUGUGACCCUGGGGAUAUCAAUAUCACCAUCAAGAUGGUGAAAGACUUGAACAUCAGGUGCUCAGUGAUUGGCCUGGCAGCUGAGGUUCAAGUUUGCAAGAAACUGUGCAGUACAACAAAUGGAACCUACAGCAUUAUUUUAGAAGACACACACUUUAAGGACUUGUUACUGGAACACUGCACCCCUCCCCCUGCUACUGUCAACACAGAUUCCUCAUUGAUAAAAAUGGGUUUCCCUCAGCAUACUGUAAGUCAGGACCAUGAUAGUGUCAAACCAUCUAUGUGUAUGUGCCACCAGGAUACAGAAGCCCAGUCCUUCACUCCAUCUGGAUAUUUCUGUCCACAGUGCCAUGCCAAGUACUGUGAGCUACCUGUGGAGUGUAAAAUCUGUGGGUUGACUCUAGUCUCAGCCCCACACCUGGCACGGUCCUACCAUCACUUCUUCCCCCUGGAAAACUUCCGGGAAAUUCCUUUAGAAGAACUCGACUCAGAACUUUCCAGAUUUUGUACGGGGUGCCAGGUACAGCUGAAGGGACCUAUGGUGUACUGUUGUACCAGGUGCACACGGCCAUUCUGUAUCGACUGUGAUCUCUUCAUCCACGAAACUCUCCACUCCUGUCCUGGCUGUAUUAACAAGAGGAUAGGGCCCAACUCAUCAUAGGCCACAGACUGUUGGAAGCCAGUGCACUACUGAGGAGAGACAUGAUCCUGUGAACUGUGGCUGACCUGGUCAAGAGCAGCAUGAUGUCCCUCCAGUCACCAGACCAGAGCUGACAUCCUGCAGGACCCCUGUACUUCUAGGCUUGUUAUGUCCCAGACAUGUGUCAUUUUAGUCCCUCCUACAUUGUCACAUCAGUGAAGUUAACCAUUUGGGUUUCUGUAAUAAGUCAAAACUAUUUAUCAUCAAGACUUGCCAUGAAAAGAGGUGAUGUAGACAUUACUUUCAUACAAUGACAUAAUAUGGAAUUUCUGUGAAAUGUCCUU